GUCCCAGUUCCUGACCUUGCCUGCACCGGAGUCUCCCACCCGAACUCCACCGUCGGGCAGCCGGCCCGCCACCCCUUCUCCAGCCAGAAGGCAGGGCGACGCGCCCCUAAGGCCCAGAGAAGGAGGAGCGUCGAGACCGCCCGGGAUCCCGGCAGCGCGCGAGGCCACGGAGUGAGCUCCGCGCCGCCGCCGGAACCCAAAGCCCGAGGUCGCAGCCUCCGGGGGAUGUACGUUCGCGCAGCACCGCCCGCGCCUGACCCUCUGGCCGCUUCCGGCGAAGGAGGAGGAUGUGGGCGACACGAGGGGCCCUGCAGGCCUGGACCGUUGGCUGGGCACGGUCCUCGGGGUCCCGGGCGUACGGCGGGGGCCAGGGAGUCUCCUACACGCAGGGUCAGAGCCCAGAGCCGCGGACUCGCGAGUACUUUUACUACGUGGACCACCAGGGCCAGCUUUUCCUGGAUGACUCCAAAAUGAAGAACUUCAUCACCUGCUUCAAAGACCCACAGUUCCUGGUCUUCUUCUUCUCUCGCCUAAGACCCAACCGCAGCGGCCGCUACGAGACCUCCUUCCCCUUCCUCUCGCCCUGCGGCAGGGAGCGCAACUUCCUACGCUGCGAGGACCGGCCCGUGGUCUUCACGCACCUGCUGGCGGCGGGCCCCGAGCCCCCGCGCCUCUCCUACUGUGGCGGCGGCGAGGCCUUGACCGUACCCUUCGAGCCAGCGCGCCUGCUACCCCUAGCCGCUAACGGGCGCCUCUACCACCCAGCGCCGGAGCGCGCGGGCGGCGUGGGUCUGGUGCGAUCAGCCCUAGCCUUCGAGCUCAGCGCCUGCUUCGAGUACGCGCCUGGCGCGCCGGAGCUGCCCUCGCACGUGCGCUGGCAGGGCUGCCGUUUCGCCCUCACUAUGGACCUGGCCCCACUGCUGCCUGCCGCCCCGCCGCGCUGAGCUGCUGGCUGCCUGCCCCCCGGCCCCCGGCCCCCGGCCCCCCCAGCGGCCCCCAGCGCCCCCGCACCCCCCGGGCCGCGUCGCUGCGCAAGCGCCACCCGGAGAGCGCGCCGGCUGAGUACGCGUGCGCGGCGGAGGUGCUCCGCGGCCCCGCCCCACCCGGCGCUGUCCGAGGUGCUGCCGCGGCCCGAGCCCCAACGCGGGGAGGGCCGGGGUCACCCGCGCUCUGCUCCCUCCCCUCAUCCCCGGCCUGGGGCGUCCUCGGCGUCCUCUGGUUCGGCCCGCGCUCGCGACAGCAGACCUGGGCGGCGGGCGGGAAGCGCGGGGGCUCCAGCGCGUGAGCGCGAGCGGCGCCCGCCCCUCCCCCGCCCGGCGCUGCUCGGUGGGCCGGGGUUCGGCGGGGGAGCCAAGCCGCGAGAGCGUCAGGUGAGGGGGCGCCCGACUCAAGGUCAGCGGGCGUGGGGGCGGGAUCAGGGGCCGUCCCGGCUCUGUCCCCGCCGCUCACCGAGAAGGGCGUGUGACCUGGCGGAGACCACGCCCUGUCCUGAACCGGCCCGGACAGACCGCGCUGCUGGGGAUGCAGGGGACAUCUUGGGAGAGCCAGGGACCCGGCUCAGGCCUCGCAUUGCGCCCGAGGGCGUUGUGGGGCUUCCUCCCUUAACGCCCCCCCCCCCCGCCCCCGCACAGAUGGGUCCCUUGGAGGCAGUGGCAGGCGUCCGGUGUGUGACGCUCCACCCCUGCCUGGGCAGAUUAGGGGGUUGUCCUCUGGGUAAAAGGAUUUCUGGGCUGGCCUCCCCUGCUUUUCCUGCUUGGGUCCUCAACCCUGCCCAGGCCAGCCCAUCUACACGAAUCAGCACCUAGCCGGUGUCCGGUUGAACAGCAGUCCCCUGAGUCAUGAGGAGGCCAAGAAUCUUCCCUAUUUGCAAGGCCUUGCCCCUGGAAGCCUGGUGGGGGCCCUUUUGCUCAAGAAGAUGGAUCCCAGGGGCUCAGAGAAUGCCCCCAACUUCUUGGGGUUCACACAUUCUGAGACAUCUGGGAAGUGCCUCUGCCUGGGCCAAAACUGUUCCAUUAAAACUUUUGCUGUGCCUAC